CGCCCCCUGCUUCCCUGCCUGCCUCCCUCCCUCCCUCCGUCAGACGGGCGGGGAGCUGCGGCGGGCGGGAGCGGGAGCGAGAGCGGCGGCGGCGGCGGGGCGCAGCCGCCCGGGCCGCAGCGGGGAUGCGCCGCGGAUCCCAGCGACGAGGUGCAGUUCAGCUGAGUUUGAACUCUUUUUCGUCUCUCCGUAAACUGUGAAUCAGAAGGAUGCAGAAGAGUAUCCCUUGCUUUUUUGUACAUGAAUGAUAAGAGCACAAGACCAUUACUACAAGUUUGCUGCAAAGAUGAGUUCGGAGGAGAAGAGUAUAUCUCCUGCUCACAAAACAUCCACUCCAUCACAUAGAAGUGCCUCCUCUUCGUCAUCAUCUCAGAGGGAUAGGAGGCAGAGCAUACAUAUUUUGGAGCGGAAGGCUUCUUCGGGGAGCACAGACCCUUCUUUUAGCAAGCAGUUCCUUGAAACUGACCCUAUCUCUCUAUCCAAGGAACCUGACAGCUGGGAAAUCAUAGAGGGUCUGAAAAUUGGCCAAACCAAUGUCCAGAAGCCAGACAAACAUGAAGGCUUCAUGCUGAAAAAGAGAAAAUGGCCCUUAAAAGGUUGGCACAAGAGAUUUUUUGUCCUUGAUAAUGGACUGUUAAAAUAUUCAAAGUCACCAAUUGAUAUACAGAAAGGCAAAGUACAUGGGAGCAUUGAUGUAGGUUUAUCAGUUAUGUCCAUCAAGAAGAAGGCUCGCAGAAUAGAUCUUGACACAGAAGAACAUAUCUAUCAUCUGAAGGUGAAGUCCCAGGAUUCAUUUGAUGCAUGGGUUUCAAAAUUACGCCAUCACCGGUUGUACCGUCAGAAUGAGAUUGUGAGAUCUCCAAGAGAUGCUAGCUUCCAUAUAUUCCCUUCAGCCUCUACUACAGAGUCUUCACCAGCUGCUAAUGUAUCUGAUGGAAAGGUACAACAAAAUAACUUCCCAUGGCAGUCUCCUAUACCUUGCAGUAACAGUCUUCCUGCAACUUGCACUACUGGUCAGAGUAAAGUAGCAGCCUGGUUGCAGGAUUCAGAAGAGAUGGACAGAUGUGCAGAAGAUCUUGCUCAUUGUCAGUCAAACCUUGUGGAACUCAGUAAACUUCUUCAAAAUUUAGAAAUACUGCAGAGAACUCAGUCAGCACCAAAUUUCACAGACAUGCAGGCUAACUGUGUAGAUAUUUCAAAGAAAGACAAGCGGGUCACAAGACGGUGGAGAACAAAAAGUGUCAGCAAAGAUGCAAAAAUUCAACUUCAGGAAGGGCCGGCACCGAAGGGCCAGUUCAGCACAACACGACGCCGGCAGAGACUAGCAGCUGCAGUGGCUACAACAGUCCCUUUCAGUGCUACGAUGUCCCCUGUUCGGCUGCAUUCAUCCAAUCCAAACCUUUGUGCAGACAUCGAGUUUCAGACUCCCCCAAGCCAUGUAACAGACCCUCUGGAGUGCUCUACCGAGUACAUGAAGCUUCAAGAAGAAUUCUGCCUGAUGGCUCAAAAAGUGCAUUCUCUUUUGAAGUCUGCCUUUAACAGCAUAGCUAUAGAGAAGGAGAAGCUUAAGCAGAUUGUUUCAGAACAGGAUCUUACAGGUCACAAUGCUCAAAUAGCACACCUCAGACAGUCCCUCUCUCAGGCUCUCAACCAGAAUGCUGAACUAAGGAGUCGCUUGAACAGAAUACAUUCAGAAUCUGUUAUUUGUGAUCAGGUUGUCAGUGUAAAUAUUAUCCCUAGUCCUGAUGAGACAGGUGAACAAAUUCAUGUCAGUUUGCCAUUGUCCCAGCAAGUUUCUAAUGAGAGCAGGCUCUCUAUGUCUGAAUCAGUGUCAGAGUUCUUUGAUGCACAGGAGGUGCUUCUGUCUGCCAGCUCAUCAGAAAAUGAGGCUUCUGAUGAUGAAUCUUAUAUCAGCGAUGUGAGUGAUAAUAUAUCAGAGGACAACACCAGUGUUGCAGACAACAUUUCUCGGCAAAUUCUCAAUGGUGAGCUAACAGGAGGUGCAUUCAGGAAUGGACGGCGAACUUGUCUCCCAGCUCCCAGUCCUGACACCAGUAACAUCAAUCUGUGGAAUAUUUUGAGAAAUAACAUUGGCAAAGAUCUUUCCAAAGUAUCCAUGCCAGUUGAGCUAAAUGAACCUCUGAAUACCUUGCAACACCUCUGUGAAGAACUGGAAUACAGUGAACUCCUGGAUAAGGCUGCAGAAACAGAUGAUCCUUAUGAACGCAUGGUUCUCAUAGCUGCUUUUGCAGCGUCAGGUUAUGCCUCUACAUACUUUAGAGCGGGAAGCAAGCCAUUUAACCCAGUGCUCGGUGAAACUUAUGAAUGUAUUAGAGAAGACAAAGGAUUUCGAUUUUUCUCAGAGCAGGUUAGCCACCAUCCUCCCAUUUCGGCCUGUCACUGUGAAUCGAAGAACUUUGUGUUUUGGCAAGAUAUCAGGUGGAAAAACAAGUUUUGGGGAAAAUCAAUGGAAAUUCUGCCAGUUGGAACUUUGAAUGUGACACUUCCAAAGUAUGGAGAUUACUAUGUCUGGAACAAAGUCACUACGUGCAUACAUAACAUCCUUAGUGGAAGGAGGUGGAUAGAACACUAUGGAGAGAUAACUAUCAGAAACACAAAAAGCAGCGUUUGUAUUUGUAAACUCACAUUUGUCAAGGUAAACUACUGGAAUUCAAAUGUAAAUGAAGUCCAAGGUGUUGUGAUUGAUCAAGAAGGGAAGGUGGUGCAUCGCUUGUUUGGAAAGUGGCAUGAAGGUCUUUACUGUGGGGUUGCACCUUCAGCCAAAUGUGUAUGGAGGCCAGGCUCCAUGCCAACCAAUUAUGAACGUUAUUAUGGCUUCACGAGGUUUGCUAUUGAGCUCAAUGAGUUAGAUCCUGUGCUGAAAGAUCUUCUUCCUACAACAGAUGCACGAUUCAGGCCAGAUCAAAGGCUUCUGGAAGAAGGAAAUGUAGAAGCAGCAGCAUCAGAGAAACAAAGAAUAGAAGAACUCCAGAGAAGUCGGAGGCGGUACAUGGAAGAAAACAGCAUUGAAUAUGUACCCAAAUUUUUUAAAAAAGUUAUCGAUGCUAAUCAAAGAGAAGCCUGGGUUACCAAUGAAACCUACUGGGAACUGCGAAAGGAUCCUGGAUUUAGUAAAGUAGAAAUUCCCGUGCUCUGGUAAACUGAGAAUGUAGAUCUAGUAAACAUAUCACUCUCCGAAGAAAAAAUAACUAUGCACAAUAUGUUUCUUAUAGCUAAGCGUGGUUUGUGGGUCUAUGGAAAAACCUAUCAUUUGCAUUUAUAUUCAUCUUUAUAACAGACUUUUGAAAGUGCAUUAGACCAGGCCCCUGACCACUUCUGGAUCUUUUUAAUUUUGCAGCAGCCAUUAAAAAAAAUAAAAAAUAAAAAAAAAGGAAAGAAAGAAAGAAAAAGGAACAAACAGAAACCUUUUAACGUUUCAUACACUGAAAAUUCAGAACAAGAGAAGCAGUUAUCCAAAGUCACUCUGAAGAGGUGGUAAACACAAAACUGCAACCGGUGCUUUAAACAGACAUUACGAGUAAUGUAAUUUAAAUUUAAAAAAAAAAAAAAAAGAGGAAGAAAAACAGAAAAAAAUCCAUUUUGUUUCAACUAUUUUUGUUAAAAACUCUUGCGUCACCACACUGUCAUUUCUGGCUUCAGGUUAGUCCUUUGGUGUGAUGUGCUUGGACUGACCUUGUCAAAAAGAGGCUUUUCUGGAAGCUGUUCCCAUUCAUAUGCCAUUGUUCAUGCCUUAAACAAAAUAUGAAGAUGUACAGUAAGUCAUUUUAAAAUAUGUAUGCUUAGGCUUGUGUGAAGGGCAGAUUUUUAAAGCACUAGGAUUUUAUCAUGCUAUAAAUAUUAGAGAACCUGUAUUAUUUAAAAUCAGAAAACAACCAAACAACUGUAUUUCAGAGGGAUGAGGUCUACUGUACAUGCUUUAGCUUUGGGAAGCUGGUUGUAUAAUCAGACUGAAAAGAAGCUGCUAACUGGUUAAAUUUGAGGUAAUUUUGGUAAAUGCAUAUGAAUAGCUAGUCAGAAAAAUCAUAUUCUAAAUGACUGAUUCUGAGAUGUGAUCAUCUCUUACCACAGACUGGACAUGGUCUUACAGCGAAUCUCAUUUCUCUAUAACUGCUUAUACAAUUAGGAUUCCCUAAAGCUUUGCAACAGUGUUAAAGCACAGAAAGAUUUCAUGGGAAGGUCUCUGGCUUCUCUCUAGAGGUUGAAUAGUACUUUAAAUGCAACUAAUGUUUUCUGCCAUACAUGCUGUUUACUGGCUCCAUUCUUUCCCCAUCCACUCUUCUUAUCUAAAUUUAUAGUUGAGAGUAGGGAAGAGGUUCCCAUGCACUGUAGAUAGCUACUACUACUUGUGUUGCCAAAAUAACUUUUGUGCAAAAUUAUAUUUUACAAUUUUUCAUAAAGUGAUCCUAUAUGUUUUGGUUAGGAACCAAGUCUCAUAUGUGUUGCUAAGCCUCAGUUAAUAUAUGUGGGAGAAGUCUUGGCAUUUUCUGUGUGAAAAUCUUGGAAACACUAAAGAGUAGAAAGACAGGUUUUAAUAAAAUAAAAAAAUAACUUUAUUAGGUAAAAAUUGCAUUUCAUAUGGUAUGACCUAGUCUUCCAUUUGCACACACAUAAUACAUCCUCCAGACACUGAUGUAUAUGCACUGUAUCUGUAUUUCUUUCUACAUAUACACAGCAUACAUAAUGCACUUUUUUUUUUUUUUUUUAAGAUUGAUUCCAGUAAUGAGACCUAAAAGAAUGAUUGGAUAGCUAUGUGAUCCUGCCAGUAGAGUUGUGUGAACAGCUCUCAGUGGAAUACCACAUGUACCCAUCCCUCUACCUGCCUCUUCCUUUUGCAGUCAGGUCCCUACAGAGCUGAGAUUACUGUGGUUAUUUAAUACCCAUUUAGUUCUCAACCUUGUUUGUAAGGCAGAGCAACUAGCUACUGAUGUAUUCCAGCUUCUUCACACAGUUAUGUUAUCAGGAACAAGUAUGAAAACCUAAAGAAAAUAUUAGAUAGAAUUUUAAAGAAUUUUGAAUAGUAAACAUUGCUUAUGAAUGCUUGGUAUAAAAAGUUGUGUGCAGAUUACCAGGAUUUCUUCCAAAGAAAAUUGUGAAUUAUUUGAAUAAUGAUAUAGUUUUCUUUCCUACUUGAACCCAUUUUUUUCUGCAGCUGUUAUUAUAAGAAAAUGAAAAUAUAUAAUGGUUUGUUUGUUUUAAUCAUACUUGGUUGACUUCAUCAUACUUGCUUUAAUGGUGUUACACUAUGAAUCAAAUCGGCACAUUGUGUCCAAAAUAGCAAUUAUUUUUUGUCACUUCCCUUAAAUGCAACAUUAUUAUUUACCCACAUUACACUCCAGCCUGUGUGCAGUUCACUGUGAUAUUAGAAAGUAUUAGAAAGUGUGUGAUUGCAAGUACAUUUGAGGGACAGAAACUGCAUGUUCUCUUUCUUUUAUAUUUUUUUAAGUUGACUUUUAGUUUAAAUAUAGAAAUAAGGUAUUUAGUUUUAGUGUUCUAGUGUUCUCUGAAUGCCAUUCUUUCCAAUGCAAACUGAAACUUGGCGAACACUGAGGAUGUUAUUACUGCUUGAAUUAUUCUUUUACAAUUAUUUAUCUCAUACUCAUUGAAAGAAAAAUAGCUUUCAAAUUUUUAGAAUUAAAAAAAAUGUGAUGUGCUUAAUCUUUUAUCGAAGGAACUGUUUAAACGUACUGGAUAUUAAAUUAACUGAUUGUUAAAUUAGUUAAUUAUUAGUUAGAGGAUUUGCAAAGCAAAGUGUUGCAAGAUAUUGUUGUCUUUACCAGAAUUCUAACAGUGCCAGCAGGUGUGCCAUAGGGCAGUUUCCUAUAGUACAGAAUUCUCUCACAAUUUUCUGUGUAAAAUCGAUUACUUUUUUCCUGCAACCUUGGGGAGACACUGGGACAUAUUUUGUGCUGUUUCUAGAGAAUGGAUUACUAAAAGACAGGUCCUGGGGCUCGUGCCCAAACUAUGAUUUGCAGACAUCCUAUGAGAUUUCACCAUCUCUGAGGUGAGGGGGAUGGCAGGCUGCCCACCCUUCUGCCAGUGCAGUGCAGUCAGAUUUCCUGCAGUGUGGUGGGAAGUCUAUUUUGCAGCCUGGCACCUGCUGUAAGCACUUGCUGCUUUUUGGCAAUGUUGCUGCUGCCUGACCGUCCAUGCCAGCUUGUGGGAUUUUUGUGCCCCAGGUGGAGACCUUUCCAUUUCUGUUGAACUUCACAAAGUGUCUUAUGGCACAGGGCUCAGGCUGAGCAAGGUCCUCCCGACAGAACCUCUGCCGUUUGGUGUGCCAUUGAAUCCUCAUUUAAUGCCAACUUGUUAGGGUGUAAUCUGUGUCCUUGCCCAGGUCACUGGUGAGAUAGCCAUCAAUAAAGGCCACAAAAUUAACCCCUCCUUGCUGGAUGCCAUUGGGGUGUAAGCCAUUGGUCAGUGCCCUUCGAGCCUGGGGCUUCAGUCAGUUUUCAGCCCACUGAAAACUCCUCCAUUCAGCCAGGCAGUAUUUCCUUUGGUAAGGCACAAAAGAUACUUACUCAGUAGAUUUAAUUGCUACAGGUUUAGUAUACAGUGAAUAUUAGCGUAUUUAAAAACUCUUAAACAAUUUAAGAAGUUCUGACUUUUAUUACAAAGACAUUUUCGCUUUUUCCUGUUUUCUCAAACUACAUAUUUGUGUAUAAAAUACACAGCCCUUAUACCUUAUUUCCACAAUAGUGAAAUGUACCUUCAAUUAAUAUUUAAAAGUGUACUUUGUUCCGGAUAUGAUUCAUUAACAAUAGCUAUUUUCAUCAAAAGUCAUGUCAUCUUACUUAACUUCAUUCCUAUUUAGGAUCCAUAUUAACAAAAUGGCAGAAUUUUCUGUGUAUUAGAAACCAUUACCUCAGCAGGAGAUAAAAUUUGAAUAUGAGUUGAUUUUCAUAUUUUUACUGUGAUUAAAAAGUCAUCUCAACACCCAUUCUACUUCUAGACUGAUGUAGGUUGCAUGAAAUAAACUAUUUUUCUAUUUGGCUUUAAAAAUGUAAUCCCACUGUAAUACUCUGGUCAUCUUACAAAUACUAUUACCCUUUUUUCUCCUCAUUUUGAUCUUCUGACUCUGAAUGAACUUUUAUGUUAUUCGUGAGUUCUGUUUGAACAACAGAUACCAGGCUGAUUUUAAGUAUUGCGGGAGAUGCAUGUUGCCAGCACUGGUGAGAUCAGAGACAGAGAUCAACACUAGCUGUUUAAAAUGUCGUUGGCUGCAGUUGAGGAAUUACCUCUAUUUCGGUUGUCAGGAUUAAUACUGGAGCUGCAUAAUGAAAAAAAGAAGAGUUUUUUAGCUUAAAUAUACCUGAAAGGUAGUUAUUUUUGAUCAUGCACUAAAAUCGAAGGGUUAUGUUAAAGAGAGUUUCGUGUGGCUAGGGGAAAAAUGAUCAGCGUUAACAAAAUUGUGUAAGAAACACUGGAAUGUCCUCACCAGUCAGCCUGUGUUACAAACAGACUUUGGAGAAAGCUAACAAAUGUGUUACGUCGUAACUGCUUAUCUCAGUGGCUACUGGAGCUGCUAUCUAGCAUUUUCUUCUUGGCUGGCAUUAAGUAACAGUCAUCAAAAUAGUAUAAAACUUUAAUUUGUUCUUUUGAGCAUAUAUUGUUAAAAGUAGAGGUGGUCAAGGAUACAAUUACAACUACAUUUUUGUGUUCAUCUACUAAACUUGCAAGGGAAUGCCUGGUUACUUCUAUUAUAAUUUUGCAUCACUCAAAAGAUAAGUUUCAUGGAGAAAGUUUUUUUUUUUUUUUUUUUUUUUUUUUUUUUUUUUGUCAUAGUUGCUUUUAACAGAAGAAUCUAGACUAAGUGUGUGAAUAAAGGUUUAAUUAUUCCUGGGGAGGAUAUCUCCCUAAGCUACCUUGGAAAAGUGAAUGGCAUCCAUAAGAAUGUUAAGAAUCUCAGUAAGCUCAAAGAAAUGGCCUAUUUACAGCAGUUUAUUUUAUUUUUGUGUUAUAUACCGUAAAGGGGUCUACUUACAAAAGCAAACAUUCUUCGCUCUUUAAAUUUGAAUGUAUAAACCCCUUCAUUGAUGAGCUUUGGUACAUAUUCCAUCUUCCUUCCACUAAAUUUGAAAGCCUCUUUCUAAAACCUCCUUUGGAAGAUUUUUAUACAGUAUCUUGUAAGUUAAAAAGUGACAGCAAUGUACUUGUAGCUGCUUUAUAUACCCAUCUCCUCCUUUGUCGAGUUUUGUGGUAUUACUAAACCCAUCACGUCUUUAAUUCUUUUUCCCUUGUGUUCUCUAACGUACCUCAGAGAAGGGAGAGAAAGACUGCAAGAGAACAGUGAAACUAAUGACAGCAAUUCUGUCAGUGACACCAUUGUAACAAAAUAGAAAAAAAUAGGAAAAUUUCAAACUUGCAUGAAUUAAAAUGUCAGAGCAGCUGUUAAAUCUGUUCCAGGCAGGUUAUGUUAAUACCAUUUAUCUUUCCACUGAUCCAUGACAGCAUGAGAAAAGGGAGGACUGGUGACAUUUGUUCUGAAUGAAUUCUGAAGGUGAGGGAAAGUUUUAUUCCAUUUAUAAAUAAAAACUGCUGUAGACAACGUUUUGGUAAAAGUAUAUUGGUAAUGUGGACAAAGAGAGUUACAGAUUUUAUAAAUAUGGAAAACAUAAAGUUGGAACAUAUAUUCCAGUCAGCAGCAUGUAAUAUAUUGUCAUGACCUUUGAACAGUUCAGUGGCAAAGCUACCUAUACGUACCCUUAGAGCAGUGAUCCAGAUGUUGUCUCCCAUGAAACACUAAAACAUAUUUCCAUAUUUAGUGCUACUUGUAAUAGUCUGCAUUAGUGAAUGAGGGGUAUCUUACGAUAAGUUAUAAUCUUCCUGCCAUAAACUAUUAUGGAUGCAAAAUGGGAAAAGGUGAGCAGAUUCCUGCAAAAAUGCAGAAUUGGGUAACUUAAUUGUUUUACUCUGGGCAUCCUUAUGAUGAAAGUCAUCAUAAAAAAAAGCAGCACUUAGAGUGAUAAAUAUUCAACCAGAACAAUUCUUCCUUGAAUUCUUCCUUGUGCCAGUCAGUUCAGCCACAAAUAAAUAUUUUUCCUUCCCUCCCCCCCCCCCGGAACUGUAUUGCUGUUUAUGAUUGCAUUUGUGACAAUUCUCAUGCCCACCAAGGACAGUCAGCAGUAGAAAAGAUUGCAAGAUCAGAUUUCUUUUCUUUUAAUCCUGCGUUCCUUUGUCUCAUAGUCCUCUUCCUUUGGUAAAUUCACCUCAACCAGGAAUAUUACAGUAGCAUUUAAAAAGUUAAUUUUAGUUUAACCUUCAGUAUUUUCUGGGCAGAGGAGAAUUCAGGAUUUCUUCUUUAACUGUGUUGAAUAAAUAGAGAUAUGAUGUGAAACUAUCAUUGUAUUUGCAUAAUAUUUUAUAAAAAAUAUUUGAGAUCAGACCAGCAAUAAUGAAAUAAUACAUAAAAAUGUUAAACAUGCAUUUUUCACCUAUCUUGAAGUCAGUGUUGAAACUUACCAUUCUAAUAUGAGGAUAGAAUUGAGGUCUAUUUAGUUCUUAAAAUAAGUGUGACUGAUAUUCUUUGGUGGUUUAAAGGUAGCAUAACAAAUUCAGAUCACAAUAAAUUUUAUAUUUAGCUGGGUUUCAAACAAGAUGUGACUAUGAACUGAGAAUAGAUGUUGAUGAAUAUAUAUUGGGAUGCAGGCAUAUAUGCAAAGAUAGCAACUAAUAGCUUAGUUAAGCUUUUGCUAUAAUUAGUAAAAGCGGUGUUCUUGUUUCUUUAAAAUUAUUUAUAGACUAAUUAUUUUCAAACAUUCAUUCCCCACUAAGAAUUAAUUACAUGUCAAGUGUGAGUUUUAAAAAUUAAACAGUGUUUGGAACUUGACAGGCACGGAGGAUGGUUCUCCUGUCAUGCAAUUAAUGCUCAGAUCUUGCUAAACCUCCACUUUCCAGAUUAAGGUAGACCUAGAAUAAUCAUUCACUAAAAUUUUGUGUGGACCCAAAAUAAAUACUUGUAAACUUUUUUUUUUUUCUUUUUUUUUUUUCUGGAUGGGAUUCCUUUUUGUAUAUUGAUUCGUGUCUGAAAUUUACUAUAUAAUAAUUGAGAAAUCAAGCUGUUAGCAUCUUAUGUUUGAAAUAUUUUCCUUCACCAAACUGCUUGUUCAUUAACUGUUGCAGCAGGUUUUCUGAUGCAGAUGCUUUAUUUAGUGUAUAAGAAGACAUCAUAAAAUUGAACUACUGUGGCAUCCAGAGAGAUCAUUAAGAUAGUUUCGUAUUAGGAGAUUAGGUAUAUUCGUUUUGUUGAAACCAGUAGCAAGCUUUCUUCUUUCAGUCUGUAUCUACUUCCCUUUGUAUAAAUAUCUUUUUGGUGAAUUGCAAUUUCUGAGCAUUUCAACAGCAGAGAAUUCUGUAUUUUCUCUCCUUUUGCACAAAGUUAAUACAAACUGGGAGCAAUGUCACACUUUUUGGUGAGAUUAGUUCCCAUAUACACACAUGUGACGUGGUAAAUUCCAGUAUUUAUAGAUUGCUCACAUGCUGAAAAUGCCAUUAUAAGAGUAAGGUUUAGAUUAGCUGUCAGUUUUACUUUGCUUACUGAGCUUCAUCACUUUUAUCAGCAUUUACUUUCAGAUGGGAAACAACCUUGCACCAUUUCUUUACUACGUAAAAAUGUCAAAACAUAAAUAGCUAAAUGGGCAUUAUUUGCUGAUUUUCCAUACCUCUGUGCUUAUUUGACAAAAACAAACAAAGAAAGAAACAAACAAAAAAAACCCACCCACACCAACAAAUCUGUUGAUUUCUUGUGCACCUUUAUAUAGCAUCCUUGUAAAAGGAGGUCCUCAGAGUCUUUCCACUGUGAUUAUACAAUUGUGUUAACUAGAAAGGUAUAUAGAAACUUGCUUCAUUUUUUUUUUUUUUAUAGAUGAAUUUUAAAAGCAAAUAGUUGCUUUCUAAGAAGCCCAACAUAAAGAGUCAGUGCUGCUUUUGUGAGUAGCAGAUAGACAGUGAUUGUUCUGGAGGGCAGUAACACUGUAACUGCAAUGGGUCUAUGUACAUUGAUGCACCAGACAAAAAUUUUUAUGUUGUUUAAAAGGAAUAGGAAACUGUCACCUAAAGGAAAAAAAAAAAAAAAAAAAAAAAAAAGAAAAGAAGAAGCAUUUAUGUAUCCAGAUACAGAAACAUUGUCGAAAGCAUUAUUUUUGAACACUGCAAUAUUAAACUGCACCUGCAGCACCCUUCAUUUUAUGCUCAAAAGUUCAGCAUGGACUUCCAUAAGAUGAAGGUGAAAAAGAUACUGGGGAAAAAAAGUCAGUACAAUAAUUUUUAAAUGACUCAAUUGAAAAUUGAUGUGCAAAUCUUUGUGUUAAAAGCUGUAUAAACUACUUAAAGUAUUGCAAUUCUUAAAGGUUUAAAUUUAGUGAUUCAUAGUACAUUGAGUAAUUUAAAAUAAUAAAAAAAUCUUCAUCUUGAUUGCUUUCCUGCAAAUGCUCACUCAUUUUUGCUUGACUGCCAUUUUGAGGGAUCUUUCAGGAUGAUGAUUCUUUACAUCUUUUUGAUCCUAUGCUCCAAAUACUGACUGUAAAUGUGCCUGUAAAAAGCACUUCUACUGCUUACAGUUACUAAGCAUCAACAGUUGAUGAAAAACAUAGGUAGGAUAUAAUUUGUAUUAGAAUUUUAAUUCAAAUGCAAUAGCUAAUCAGCAAUGUACACCCCAGAUUUUUUUCUGCUUGGACUCUGAUCUUGCACAGGCACCAGUACAUCCUUAGGAUACCUAUUGCAAGUUGUCUCAUUGAAUUCAGUUAAAAAGAUGGAGAUAUUCAUGUUUAAAUGAAAAGGCUCAAUGUUGAUAGUUUUAAGAAAUCAAAACAAUGUACCUGGUUGCACCAGGCUUUGUAACACUUGAUUUUUAAUCCCUAUGAGCUUAAACAAAUGAACAUCAAUGCAGAUGAGGCUGAGCAGCUCCUGUUGAUACUCCAUUGAACUCAGUGAACUUGCAGGGGAGUGGAUGGUCUGGCUGCCCAAAUCAUAUUUCAGUUUCAGGCUUAUCAUACAGUCAAGCAUAGAUAUUCAGCUACUUACACUUAAGCUUAUUUUUGACCAUGUGCACAGUCUCAUGGAAGAUCAAUGCGUGAAAUGCAGCUGUAUUCACUGCUUGCCAGUCAGAGCAAUUUAUUCAACUUUGACUCUUGCAUUUUGGGACCUUAUUCUGCGGCUUGCAGUGUUUAAGAAUCUGUUAACGUUACAUCUCUGCAAAGAUCAAUUAUGUAUGACAUUUGGAAGAAAAUGCAGGAGAACAGAUCAUUGACAAUUAAUCAUACUAUCUCACUCUGGCAAGCUUAAUUGUGAGAAUAUUUGCAAUUCCUGUCCCUGUUUCCCUGUGCGCUCCUCAAGCCAGUGUGAGCCAGAGCAAAGGCUGCUAGUGCCAUAUGCCAAGGGGAGCAGGAGACUACUUUUGCUGACUUGUGAAGAAGGGAUGGCUAACUAAGAGCAUGCUCCAAAUCUCAGCCUACAAAGCAUGAAUGUGAGAAAGUGCCUCCCCUCUCUCCUGUUAGGCUUUAGCACAUCAGUAGAAUUACUGUUUUUGGGAUAUUGAGUUCUCUGGCUACUUCAGAGAUCAAACCCACUCGCUAGCUGGGAAACAGCAGUGAAAAAAAUAAUUUCAAGUUCUCACGUAGCACAGCUGCAAUGCACUUACUCUGUGUCUUUGCACCCAUGAGUUGUUUUUGACCAUGCUGUUGUAGUAACCCUGAAUGCAGAUGAGGCCUCAUGCCGACUACCUCUCGUGCAAUAAAUAAUAAGCUCAUGCAGCAGUGGGUGUUGGUGAUGAUCCUUUGGGAACAGGAGCAUCUGUUGGCCACGUGAUUCAGGGAGGUGGUAGUGGAGGUAGUAGUAAACAAGAGAAAUUACUUUAAUUAGGAGUUUAAUCCAGUGAUGCUUGUGGUAUAGACAAUACCCACGAUACCAACUCCAACUGAGGAAGGUCCUACAGCUUCUAGUAGGAAAUAAAGGUGAUCUUGGCUAUGCUAUAGUUUCUGUUUUGCUCUAAAAUGUAACAAAAGAUGUCAUCUGUUUCCUUCAAGCUGAGCCGGAUUUAUCAGGACAUUAUGUCCAAAAAACACACACACAAUUUUAGUUUUUGAGGAAACAUGAUGCUCUUUUACCUGUUGCAAUGUAAUUGGAUAAUGCAUGUACAAAUGACUUGUUUAGCCUGCCAAUGAAUGUUGCUAAUGCCUUACCAAAAAAAAAAAAAAAAAAAAGCAUAUUUUUUGUAUUUUUUU